AUGGGUGAAGUAACAAUCACUGGCUGGAGGACGAGGGAUGUCCGAUUCCCUACAUCUCUCGAUAAGACCGGCUCGGAUGCUAUGAAUGCCGCUGGAGACUACUCUUCUGCAUACUGCAUCCUUGAGACAGAUUCGGAGUUCACAGGCCACGGAAUGACAUUUACAAUCGGACGUGGCAACGACAUAGUAUGCGCAGCCAUCAACCACCUUGGCGACAGACUGAAGGGUCGCACCCUCUCCUCUCUAGUAGCAGACUGGGGAAAGACCUGGCGGUAUCUAGUCAACGACUCGCAGCUGCGCUGGAUCGGCCCCGAAAAGGGCGUCAUCCACCUCGCGCUGGGCGCCGUCGUCAACGCUAUCUGGGAUCUAUGGGCCAAGACUCUCGGAAAGCCGGUUUGGCAGAUCGUGGCCGAGAUGACUCCCGAGGAGUUUGUGCGAUGCAUUGACUUCCGUUACAUCACAGACGCCAUAACGCCAGAGGAGGCCAUUGCCAUGCUGAAGGAGAGCGAAAAGGGCAAGGCGGAACGCUUCCAAGAGGCGAUGCAGAGCCGCGCCGUACCAGCCUACACGACGAGUGCUGGUUGGCUCGGCUAUGGCGAAGACAAGAUGAAGGCCCUACUUAAUGAGACCCUAAAUCAGGGAUACAGGCAUUUCAAGCUGAAGGUCGGCGGCAGCGUUGAGGAGGAUCGACGGCGGUUGGGUAUCGCGCGUGAUGUGAUUGGAUUCGACCGCGGUAAUAUCCUGAUGGUAGAUGCGAACCAAGUUUGGAGCGUACCCGAGGCCAUUGACUACAUGAACAAGCUGGCGGAAUUCAAGCCCUGGUUCAUCGAGGAGCCUACAUCGCCCGAUGAUAUCCUCGGCCACAAGGCGAUCCGCGACGCGCUGCGACCACUCGGCAUCGGCGUCGCCACGGGCGAGAUGUGCCAGAACCGCGUCGUCUUCAAGCAGCUACUGAUGGCAGGCGCCAUCGACGUAUGCCAGAUCGACGCGUGCCGACUCGGCGGCGUGAACGAGGUCCUAGCGGUCCUCCUCAUGGCCAAGAAAUUCGGCGUGCCGAUCGUCCCGCACUCCGGCGGCGUCGGCCUGCCCGAGUACACGCAGCACUUGAGCACGAUCGACUACGUCGUCGUCAGCGGCAAGCUCUCGGUGCUAGAGUACGUAGACCACCUGCACGAGCACUUCCUGCACCCCUCGGCCGUGAAAGACGGGUACUACCAGACGCCCAUGAACCCGGGGUACAGCGUGGAGAUGAAGCCGGAUAGCAUGGACAAGUUCACGUAUCCUGGAGAGGAGGGCGUCAGUUGGUGGAGGAGUGACGAGGCGAAGCCGAUUCUAGAAGGAGAGAAGAUUUAA